AUGCGGUCUUCGGCCGUGUCUGCAAAAUACGAUGCAUCCACAUCUGUUGAGCUCAACGGAACGAACAUAUCAGAAUGCACCAGCUAUGUUUUUCUGGGUCGGGAAAUGAACAUGAUGAACAACCGACCUCCAAGCUGGGCAGGAGGAGCGUAUAAAAGCAUCGAGGAGGAAGUGAAGAAGACCAAGAACAUCCCGACCGAAGAAAACGCGGAGAGCGUCAUUGAACGCGCAAUUGAGAAAAUGAUGCUAAGAGUAUUCCGCUUCACGCAAGUGAGGGACGGGAUUCGAAGUUCUCUCCUACGUCAGCGAUCGAAGAUUAGAGACGCCGCCGCGUUUGCCAAAGAAAGUAAACUAAAGUCCAAAUGGUUGACGUGA